UGUUCCGAGCUAUGGGGUGUUGGCAGCGUUUGUUGAUUUUUGGCGGGGUAUCGCUUCGGGGUGGUGGCGGGGCCAGUGUACCGCUUGCGGGAAGCCGAGUGUUGGUUUGUCGGCGCCAGUUAUCUGGUGCUGACAGUGAGACCCUAAAACAAAGAAGAGCACAAAUCAUGUCCCGAGGACUUCCAAAGCAGAAACCAAUAGAAGGUGUAAAGCAAGUUAUAGUUGUGGCUUCUGGAAAAGGUGGAGUUGGAAAGUCUACUACAGCAGUGAACCUUGCACUUGCACUAGCAGCGAAUGAUUCGUCAAAGGCCGUUGGCUUGCUAGAUGUGGAUGUGUAUGGCCCUUCAAUUCCGAAGAUGAUGAAUCUGAAAGGAAAUCCAGAAUUAUCGCAGAGCAACCUAAUGAGGCCUCUUUUGAAUUAUGGUAUUGCUUGUAUGUCUAUGGGCUUCCUGGUUGAAGAGACUGCACCAGUUGUUUGGAGAGGCCUUAUGGUAAUGUCAGCUAUUGAAAAACUGUUGAGACAGGUAGAUUGGGGCCAACUCGACUAUUUAGUUGUUGACAUGCCACCAGGAACUGGAGAUGUGCAGAUAUCAGUCUCACAGCAUAUUCCCAUUUCAGGUGCUGUGAUUGUCUCCACACCCCAGGACAUUGCACUGAUGGAUGCUCGCAAGGGUGCUGAGAUGUUUCGAAAAGUCCAUGUGCCUGUCCUGGGCCUUGUCCAAAAUAUGAGUGUUUUCCAGUGUCCAAAAUGUAAACAUAGAACUCAUAUUUUUGGUGCUGAUGGUGCAAGAAGACUAGCACGGACCCUUGAUCUUGAUGUUCUAGGAGACAUUCCCUUACAUCUUAAUAUAAGGGAAACUUCAGAUACUGGCCAGCCGAUUGUGUUUUCACAGCCUGAAAGUGAUGAGGCCAAAGCUUACCUGAGGAUUGCUGCAGAAGUGGUAAAAAGAUUGCCACCACCUCUAGAGUGAGUUCCCCAAGUGUUCUGGAAAUUUGCCUGAUGCUUAGCAAUAAGACGACUUUUGGAAGUAGCAGUGUGGUGAUGAAACCUACAGGAAUAAUAGCAAUCAUAGUUUUCUUGUAUUUCUAAAGAAAUAAUAUGUCUUAUUUUCAGAUUUGAUUUGCUAAGCAGUGACUCACAAAUAAAAUUUUUAUAUAUCAAUGCUAACUGCUACAUUUAGGAAUUUUUCUGAAAGCUGAUGUGUACCAGCUGCACAGAAAUGCGUUUUAUUUUAAUGAACGACCCUUUGGGGAAUCAUGAGUUUGUGUUAGAAGCCCAACCUUCCAUUGAGGAAAGAACUGUGCUCUUUUUGUGGGACUACAGCGUUAGUCAUUUAAAGGAUUUACUAAAUUUGUGUGCUGAUAUAAGUAUGACAACUCUCCAUCAGUCAGUUUGGUCUAGAUUUAAAUCUUGCCUUGGACUAUAUUGGACACAUUCUUAAUAUAAAUAAACCUCUGCUUCAUCUGGACCAGGCUUUACCCUAGACUUACUGAAUAUAAUCUGCAGGGGUGGGGCCUGGACAUGUGUAUUUUUAACAAGAUUAUAAUGAUUUUGAUGAUUCUGAUUAUGAUGGAAAUAGAAUAAUAGGUAACAAUUUAUGAAGUGUUUUCUUGUGUUAUUAUAGUUAGUCUUCCAUUCAUAUGAGUGGGGUACUGUUGUUGUCUCCACUUUAUAGAAAUGAGAAAACUGAGGUAUGGGAGUGUUAAGUGUCUUGCUGAAGGUUACUAUUCCAGCAAGCGCUGGAACUGGAGUUUGAACUUGGACAGUGGGAUACUGGAUCCUUCCUUUUUUACACCAAAGAGCAUUCAUUUAUUUCAAAAGAGAAAUAUGGUAUUCAGCAUUUCCCUCAAACUUACUGCACCGUGAAACCCUCCCCAUUUUAUGGAGUUCGUGUUUCAAAUGGUACACUUUGAAAAACAUUUAUCUGGUCUAGUUGAGGCUCAGAGAAAUUCAGGGGGCUUUCCAAGGUCAGGUAGCAAGAUAGUUAUAAAGCUCCAAGUACUGAUAAAAACCAUUAGUUGAUAAAGAAGCAGUCUAUGACCUUUAGCAAAUACCUUCACAUCUUUUGCUUUGUCUCUGGCUUAAAUAGCCAGAAAAUUAGGCAAAGAGUUACAUGUCAUUAUAAACAUGUUUCACACACUUGUGUUCACAUAAAAAAACUACAUGAGUGUUCAUGGAGGUUUUAUUUGUAAUAGCCAAAAACAAUGCAGAGUUUUUCAAUGGGCAAAUAGUCAAAUGAACUGUGAUAUAUGCAUACCAUGGAAUACUACUCAGCAGUGCAAAAGAACAAACUAUGGAUACGUGUAACAACGUGGAUGAAUUCCAGAGAAUUAUGCCGAAUGAAAAAGCCAAUCCUAAAAUUUUUUAUACCAUAUGGUUCUAUUUAUGGAACAUUCUUGAAAUGACAAAAAUUAUAGAAAUGGAGAACAGAUUAGUGGUUUUCAGAAUUUAAGGGGGGAGGGUUGCAGGGAAGAGAAUUAUGUGUGGCUAUAAAAGGGUAACAUAAGGAAUCCUUGUGAUGAUGGAAAUGUGUUCUGUAUUUUGACUGUGUCAGUGUCAAUAUCUUGGGAGCUAUUGUACUAUAGUUUUGCAAGGUGUUAUUAUUGGAGGCAAUUGGGUAAAAGGGCACAAUGGAAUCUGCAUUAUUUCUUACAACUGCAUGUGAAUCUACAAUUACCUCAAAAUAAAAA